AUGGAGAAAGGAAUUGUCGUUGGAAUCCAUGCUGGGUCAAGCCUUUAUAUAGAAUUUAUUGAGAAAGAAGGCAAACCUAUCAAUUACAUUCAGUUAUUUGGCUGCCAUUCUCCUUUAUUAGGAACAACAGAUGGGAAACGAGAGGAUGAGUACGAAGCGUGGACAUCAUUCAAUUAUUUACGAACACUCGCUAUUGGUCGAAGAUGCAUUGUUCGUGAUAUUAAAGAAACUAAAAACACACGAAAUAAUUUCACGUUUGGCACUGUUCCUUUUUCAAUUGGAAGAGUCGAAUUAAUUGAUUACAACAACAUGGAUGUCAGAAUCGCUAUGAUAUCUGCUGGUUUUGCCAAAGUCAAAUCCGAAAUAAUGAACGACUACACUCGAGAGCUUUUCCGCUACCAAGAUUCAGCUAAAGAAAACAAUAGAGGAGUAUGGGGUGAUACAUAUUUUUUACGUCAAUUACCAGUAAAAUUCAAUCCACGAAAUUUAAUCGGUAAAACAUAUGAAGGCUACAUCGAUGGGUUUUCAAAUGGAUCCUCAUAUCAUGUCUUCUUACUUCCUAACUUCGAAUCAAUACAUCUUUCUCUUGCAGGAGUUAUUUGUCCAUUAAUUACAAAAGACAAAGUAUUUCCAUAUGCUAAUGAAGCAUUAUACCUUUGCAAGAUGAACCUAUUCCAACGUACAUUAAAAAUCAAGAUUGUUUCAUAUGUUGACACUCAAAAUUAUUUUCUUGGAAUUAUUUCACAUAAGAAUUGUCCAGAUUUUGGAAAAAUACUUCUAGAAGAGGGUCUUGCAUCAAUCCACGAACCAUCAUUGUCAUAUGUCCCUGAUCCAGAGAAUUAUAAGAUGAUUGAAGAAAAAGCGCGAAAAGAAGAGAAGAACCAAUGGAAGAAAUUCGUUGUUCCUCCAGAAGAUACUAUUUCCUUCGAUGGAACUGUCAUGAAUAUUCGUGGAAGCUCAAUUUUUGAAAUAAUUUUAGAUGACGAUACAAUCAAAAGGGUUUCAUUGUCAGGCGUUAGAACACCAGCAUAUAAUCCAUACGAUAAUACUUCCAGCGAGCCAUACGGCUUCGAAAGUCACGAAUAUCUCCGAAAUCUUUUAAUUGGAAAGCGCGUUAAGUGUAUUGUUGAUUCUUCUGUUACAUCUGGUGAAACUCCUAUUUACUACGUUUCAAUGUACCUUGAAAACACUCUUUGCGUGAAUUCAAGGAUUAUUCAGAAUGGCUAUGGCAAGAAAAACAUCCUGCGUUCACAGAAGAUCCCAUCCUGCAUAGACUCUAUUACAGAAGCGGACAAAUUCGCAAGGAACGAGAAAAAGGGAAUUUUUUCGGAUGAUGUUGUAACUCCUAAGAGAUUUGUUAUUCUUUCUCGAGAACCAUCAAGAGAAAAAUCAAUGCCAUACUACGAUUCCCUUUAUGGCCGGGAAACGUCCGGAAUAAUUGAAUAUUUUGUUUCAUGUACGAGACUUAUCGUCAGAAUCCCAGAAUACGACAUUAUUCUUCGCAUGAAUCUAUAUGGACUUAAAGUUUCUGAUUCCGAAGAUCGAAUUGGCUUUGAUGCGCUAAAUUAUUGCAAUCGCCACUUCAAACUGAGGAACUGCGAAGUAUUUAUCGUAAAACUUGACAAGGUUGGUUCAUUUUGUGGCUCAGUUACCGUAAAAGAUGGAAAUCACGAAUAUUUACUUGAAGCCGAAAUUCUGAAACGCGGAUUUGCAUCAUUACACGUCGAAGCACAACGCCAUCCUCAACGCCAGGUCCUUGUUGCAGCCCAACAGUCAGCGCAACGUUCAGAAGUCGGAAUGUGGUCAGAUUCAUCACGAACGGUCUUCAGACUCAAAAAGGACACAAUAUACGAGUGCAAAGUCGUCAGUGUCUGGGACGCAAUCACUGUUGUCAUCGCAAUAAUGAGUGAUGAUUUCGAAAAGAUCAGGGAAACAAUUGUCAACUGCCGGACCCGACCAAAAAAUCCAAUGAGAGGUGAUGUUGUCGGCGCCAUCUUCAGCGAUAAGAUUUACAGAGCAAAAAUUUCUGAUCUAAACGAUAUCGAAGCAAAAGUUGAUUUUAUCGACCUUUGUGUUGAUGAUACUAUAUCAGUAAAUAACCUACGUGAAUUACCACCAGAAAUAGCAGCAAUCCCUCCGCAAGGAUUGUCUGUGAGAUUGGCUUUCACUCGGCCAUUCGAAAAUGAGGAUGAAGACUUCAAGAAAGAGGCAGAAGAAUUUCUUUGGACAGCUGUAGAUGGUCAGAAGCUCUAUUGCCACUUGGUUGUUGACGAUAUUAAUGAACCUGACCCAGAUGUUCUUCUGACACAACAUCCAGAGAUCAGAAGUACAUCUGUUAACGCUGUUAUGCUCAGAACAGGACUUUGUCACUACGAAACAUGCGAUUUCUUAGAAGAUGACGAAAUUUUGGACGAAAUUUCAGAAGAACUUGACAGAAUUGAACUUACAGCAAAGAAAGAGGGUGUCGGAGCAUGGACAACAAAAACAGCAGCAUCAUAUAUCCCUGAUGAACCUGAUGCAGAUUAUCUUUGA